GAUACUUAUUCACACGAUGGCUUCAAUAUGAGAGGGGCGCGUGGAAGAUGGCGUCGCCUCGCACAAGACCGCGUAAAGCAGGAGGAAGAACAAAUUCGAGCACUUUGCAGUCGCCAAGCCUACGGUCGUCCACAAGACAUUAUUUCAUACAUAACCGAAGGACAUUUGUUGUCCACAAGAGACAUUCACGACCCUAACAGCUCGGUAUAUAUACACCACGACUGCCGCGUCCGUCAUGGCCGAUGCGCUUCCGUUCCACGUCGUCAUCGUCGGCGCCGGGCCCGCCGGCCUCUCGGCAGCACUGUCCUUGGUGAAGAAGCACGUCGAGGGGGCCGCCUCCUCGCCGCUUCGCGUCACCGUCCUCGAGAUGCGCACCGAGGUGCAACGGCUCGGCGGCGCAAUCAACCUCACGCCCCUGGCCCUGCGGUACAUCGACUGGCUCGGGGCCGGGGCGCGGCUGCGCGCCCAGGCGGCCCCCGUGAGCGCCAUCGAGCUGGUUGCCCACCGCACGGGCAGGCUCCUCGGGCGGCUGUGGCCGGGCGUGGACGCGAUUCGCGUGCAGCGCCAGCUGCUCGUCGAGGCGCUGCGGGACACGCUCAGGGAGCUUCCGCGGAGGGAAGACGUCGAGGUCAGUGUCGUGUAUGGGGCAAGGGUGCGGGGGGUUGAGGAGUUUGGCAAGGCAGAUAGUGGUAUCGGCGAGGGGGGCGUGAGAGUCACGUUUGAGAGGAGACGGGUGUUUGUCGAGGGAGGGUCCGCAGGGAAGAAGAAGCAGCAGCAGGAGGAGGAAGACGCGGAGACGGAGACACUCGAGGCAGACAUCGUCGUGGGAUGCGACGGCAUUCAUUCCCAGGUCCGCAGCCUCGUCGUCGACCCGGGCCGCGAGAAGACGUACUCUGGCAAGUGCAACGCCUACGGCUACGCUUCCAUCCCCUCCGACACGACGACGACGACGACAACGACGGCGGCGGCGGCGGCGGCAGCCACCCCCAAGAGGGAGUCGUGGCUCCGGACCGACGGCCAGCCGCUCAUCACCGACACGACGCUCGUGAGCCACGGAAACGACGCCCUGCUCCUCACCUACUACGAGCCGUCCCGCACCGACCUCUACCUGGCCGCGGUGAGCCCCGUCGCGGAGAACAAGGAGGACGCGCGCGAGGGCUGGGCCGCCCAGGGGGCCGACAAGGCGGGCAUCAAGCGCAGGCUGGGCGAGACGUUUGCGGGCGGCGCCCUGCCGUACCUCGGGUCCAUCAUCGACCGCUGCGACGAGUGGUUCUUCUUCCCCGUAUACAUGCUGCCCCCCGGCGGUGCCUGGGCCAAGGGCCGGGCGCUGCUGCUCGGCGACGCCGCCCACGCUAUGCCUCCGCAGGGCGAAGGCACCGGCGUCGCCAUCGAGGACGGGGUUCUCCUAGCCCACGUCCUGACGCGUCGCGCAGAGCGCACCAUCCCGCAGCUCUUUGCCGACUAUGAGACCCUUCGAAGGGCCGACAUCGAGCAGACGUACCGCGACACCAUGGCCCGUUGGAACGCCCCCGUGCCUAGCGGCUGGCUCAGCGGCAUCGUCAUGGAGUGGAUCACCUGGGGCUUCAUCAAGUUCCUCAACUACAGGCACGACUACUUUGGCCGCGAUGUGAGAAAUCGCCAGCUGCCUGCUUGAGUUGCCUGCUUGAUCAGGGAUGCUCGCGGGGUGCAUUUCCCGCUGCACAUGUUUUGCUCAAGG